AUGGACAGGCGCCCAUCCUCACCGUGCAGCUACACUAGUCUGGAGGCUGCCUUGGGGUGGGCCUCAGGUGGGCCAGGGGCUGCGUGCCGCUGCCCAUGCCCUCCCCUCCCCCUGCAGACCGUGGAGCAUGGCUUCCCCAACCAGCCCAGCGCCCUGGCCUUUGACCCAGAGCUCCGCAUCAUGGCCAUCGGCACGAGGUCUGGGGCCGUCAAGAUCUAUGGUGCACCUGGUGUGGAGUUUACCGGCCUGCACCAGGACACAGCCACUGUCACCCAGAUGCACUUCCUGCCUGGCCAGGGCCGCCUCCUGACCCUGUUGGACGAUAGCAGCCUGCACCUCUGGGAGAUUGCCCACCGCAACGGCUGCGCUCACCUGGAGGAGGCUCUCAGCUUCCAGCCACCGAGUCGGCCGGGCUUUGAUGGGGCCAGUGGCCCGCUCAGCCUUGCCCGCGUCACAGUGGUCCUGCUGGUGGCGGCUGGUGACAUGGCAGCCCUGGGCACUGAGGGCGGCAGCAUCUUCUUCCUGGAUGUUCCCACCCUGACACUGCUCGAGGGGCGGACUCUUGUCCCGGACGAGGUUCUUCGCAGCGUGCCAGACGACUACCGGUGUGGGAAGGCACUGGGCCCCGUGGAGUCACUCCAGGGACACCUGCGGGACCCCACCAAGAUCCUCAUCGGCUACAGCCGAGGCCUGCUGGUCAUCUGGAACCAGGCGGCACAGUGCGCAGACCGCGUCUUCCUGGGUAACCAGCAGCUGGAGAGCCUGUGCUGGGAACGCAGCGGCAGCACGCUGGUCAGCUCCCACAGCGACGGCAGCUACGCCGUCUGGUCCGCCGACGCCGGCGACUCCCCGAUGACCCAGCCCACAGUGGCCACCACGCCAUAUGGCCCCUUCCCCUGCAAAGCCAUUAACAAGAUUCUGUGGCGAAACUGUGAAUCUGGGGACCACUUCAUCAUCUUCAGUGGAGGCAUGCCCCGUGCCAGCUACGGUGACCGCCACUGUGUGAGUGUGCUCCGGGCCGAGACCCUGGUGACGCUGGACUUCACUUCCCGCAUCAUCGACUUCUUCACGGUGCACAGCACACGGCCUGAGGAUGAGUUCGAUGAGCCCCAGGCCCUGGCCGUGCUGCUCGAGGAGGAGCUGGUCGUGCUGGACCUGCAGACGCCCGGCUGGCCUGCCGUGCCCGCCCCGUACCUGGCCCCACUGCACUCAUCCGCAAUCACCUGCUCUGCACACGUCGCCAAUGUCCCUGCCAAGCUGUGGGCCCGCAUCGUGAGUGCUGGUGAGCAGCAGAGCCCGCAGCCUGCCUCCAGCUCCUCGAGCUGGCCCAUCACUGGGGGCCGGAACCUGGCCCAGGAGCCAUCCCAGCGAGGGCUGCUGCUGACAGGCCACGAGGACGGGACUGUGCGGUUCUGGGAUGCCUCUGGCGUGGCACUGAGGCCGCUCUACAAGCUCAGCACAGCCGGCCUCUUCCAGACAGACUGUGAGCACGCUGACAGCCUGGCCCAGGCCGCCGAGGACGACUGGCCCCCCUUUCGCAAGGUGGGCUGCUUUGAUCCCUACAGUGAUGACCCUCGGCUCGGUGUGCAGAAGGUGGCCCUGUGCAAGUACACGGCCCAGAUGGUGGUGGCUGGCACGGCAGGCCAGGUGCUGGUGCUGGAGCUAAGUGAUGUGCCCUUGGAGCAGGCCGUCAGUGUGGCCAGCGUGGACCUCCUCCAGGACCGAGAGGGCUUCACGUGGAAGGGCCACGAGCGGCUGAGUCCGCGUACGGGGCCGCUGCUGUGGCCUGCUGGCUUCCAGCCCCGAGUGCUGGUUCAGUGCCUGCCACCAGCUGCUGUCACCGCUGUCACGCUCCAUGCCGAGUGGAGCCUCGUGGCCUUUGGCACCAGUCACGGCUUUGGCCUCUUCGACUAUCAGCGCAGGAGCCCAGUGCUGGCCAGGUGCACGCUUCACCCCAAUGACUCUCUGGCCAUGGAGGGCCCACUGUCCCGGGUGAAGUCCCUGAAGAAGUCUCUGCGCCAGUCCUUCCGGCGCAUCCGCAAGAGCCGAGUCUCGGGCAAGAAGCGGGCUGCCAAUGCCACCAGCAAGUUGCAGGAGGCCAACGCGCAGCUGGCCGAGCAGGCGUGUCCCCACGACGUGGAGAUGACCCCGGUGCAGCGCCGCAUCGAGCCCCGCUCCGCCGACGACUCCCUCUCCGGCGUCGUCCGCUGCCUCUACUUUGCCGACACGUUCCUUCGAGAUGCGGCCCACCACGGACCCACCAUGUGGGCGGGCACCAACUCGGGCUCUGUGUUCGCCUACGCGCUGGAGGUGCCGGCAGCGGCAGGCGGCGAGAAGCGACCCGAGCGGGCGGUGGAGGCCGUGCUGGGCAAGGAGGUGCAGCUGAUGCACCGCGCCCCCGUGGUGGCCAUCGCCGUGCUGGAUGGCCGUGGCCGCCCACUGCCCGAGCCCUAUGAGGCCUCCCGGGACCUGGCACAGGCCCCUGACAUGCAGGGCGGCCACGCCGUGCUCAUCGCGUCUGAGGAGCAGUUCAAGGUGUUCACGCUGCCCAAGGUGAGCGCCAAGACCAAGUUCAAGCUGACGGCCCACGAGGGCUGUCGCGUGCGCAAGGUGGCACUUGCCACGUUUGCCAGUGUGGCCUGUGAGGACUACGCGGAGACCUGCCUGGCCUGCCUCACCAACCUGGGCGACGUGCACGUGUUCUCAGUGCCUGGCCUGCGGCCGCAGGUGCACUACUCCUGUAUCCGGAAGGAGGACAUCAGCGGCAUCGCUUCCUGCGUCUUCACGCGCCACGGCCAGGGUUUUUACUUGAUUUCUCCGUCUGAAUUUGAACGCUUCUCUCUAAGUGCCCGGAAUAUCACAGAGCCGCUCUGCUCUCUGGACAUCAGCUGGCCCCGAGACAGCACCCGUGCCAGCCACAGGCUCCGAGAGUCACCCAAGCUGAGCCAGGCUAACGGGACCCCAGGCAUCGUCCUGGCCUCACGGAGCCGCGAUGGAAGUCCAGAUCCUGGCCACAGCAAGGGAGCUGACACCCCCGAGCCGCCUGAGGCCAUGCUCUCGCCCAUGUCCAUGGACUCGGCCACUAGUGCGGACACCACACUGGACACGACAGGGGACGUGACGGUGGAGGACGUGAAGGAUUUCCUGGGCUCUUCAGAGGAAUCGGAAAACCUGAGGAACUUGGCAGAAGAUGAGGCUCGAGCCUGCGCCAUCCUGAUCAAAUAAGGUGCUGUGGGCUUAGGGCCCUGAGUCGGCCCGCUCCGUGCUGUUUGACGGCCCUGAUUUUCAUGCCCGGGUCUUAGAAAAACAGGGCCGGCCUGUCAGUUCCUGGAUGUCAUAGGUGGCGUGUGGAGCCGGUCCAGAGCAAACAGCGUCGCAGCGCUGGCAGCUGGGGGCUUGGGGGCUGGCUUGGCCAGCGCGUUUUGCAGAUGAGAUCCCUCGGGCUCACGUGGUCAGGUCCAGCCCGGUGAUCCCGGGGAGCAGGACCUGGAUCUGGGGUCUGCGUCGGGGGUCCCUAGGUCUGCCCCACCUGUUGGCUGUCUGGUGCCCCUACCCAGUGUGGCCCUGCACUCCAGCUCCCUCUUCCUAUUGUUGGGGUUACUGCUGCCAAGCCUGACCACCGUGGGGCCGGAUGUGCACAGUGCUCCGGCUCAGCAAGCCCGCCUCCGGCUGUCACUGCAGGACCCUUGUCCCUGGGGGGGGUGGAGUCAGCGUGGUGGCCCCUGCAGGGCUGUCGGCCCCUCUGGGGCUCCUUGCCUUUCUCUGAGCCCUCUUCUCUUCCUUUACCAGGAAGGCCAAAACUACGUGGCUCCCAACUGCCCUGCUCGGAGUUGGGAUCCAGGACUCCCUGGGCCCUUUGCCUAGACCCACAUCUGCUAACCUGUGGCCUCCACCAGGACCUGCCCGCCCCAUCCCAGGGCGGUGCGGGGCUGUGAGCCUGGGGCUCAGCCCUGAGCCUCUGGGGCAGAUUUGCAGCGGCCCCUCCUGUGGGCAGCUGGCCGCCUGGAGGCCAGGUGCCAUGGGGAGAAGACAGCUGGGGCUGGCAAGCCCACGCCACCUCUCAUCAACACACCGUCCUUCCCCAACCCCUUUGCAAAGAGUAUUUUUCUAACGCCUGUGCUGGGCUGGACGGGCAUUUCUAAAACUAUUUUGGUACUUGCUCCUGGGCCAGCACCCACCUCCACCCCCCAGUCUGUGCACGAGUACGUGUGUGCGUGUGUGACCGCGUGAUUGGGAUCUAGUUAGAGGAGUGUGUGUGUGUGUGUGUGUGUGUGUAUAUGUGUGUGCACGUGUUGGGAGGGGGGUCGGUCAGGAUGGGUUUCCCUGUAGAUUGUACCUGGAGUUUUUUUCUUGUUAUUUUGUUAAGAUU